AUGCUCCCUUCCGCCGCGUCCAGUCGCAGACCGUCCCCGCUGCGCCCCGGAGGCUCCCACUAUGACCCCGUUACGCCCAUGGACGACGAGGUGCACCCCGUCAUCCACGAGGGCCGUGUCGCCGUUAUCACCGGCGCUGCAAACGGUAUCGGCCGCGCUGCUGCUGUCGAGCUUGCAAAGAUCGGGCUCAAGAUCGCGAUUGCGGACAUCGACGAGGUCAAGCUUGAGGAAACCGCGAAGCUUGUGCGCGAGAUCGUUGGCGACGCGAACCUGAUCACCCUCCCGACGGACGUGACCAAAAUCGACCAGGUCCAGCGGUUGCGCGACAGGGUGAUCGAGGCUUGGGGCGAGGUCGGGCUGCUCUUGAACAACGCCGCCAUCGGGCUCAAGGGCACGUCCUGGGACGGGUUGGAUAAGUGGCACACCCUCUUCGAGAUCAACUUGUUUGGAGUGCUCAACGUCCAGCACACGUUCGUUCCGAACAUGCUGCACCAAGAAAACCCUGCCGUGAUCAUCAACACGGGGUCAAAGCAGGGCAUAACAAACCCGCCAGGGAACGCAUCCUACAACGCAGCCAAGGCGGCCGUUAAGAGCCUCACCGAGUCGCUCGCCCACGAAUUGCGCGAGACUCCGUCGUCGAAUCUCAGCGCCCACCUGUUCAUCCCGGGCUGGACGUGGACCGGGAUGACGGGCAGCGAUUCCGGCAACGAAAGCCGCUGGGGCGUGGACUGCGCAGGAGACGGUACUCUUGACAAAGUCCGUCAAGGGAAGUUCUACAUCGUCUGCCCCGACAACGAGACCCGACGGGAAGUCGACCAGCUCCGGAUUAUGUGGGGCGCGGGCGACGUUGCGGAGGGCCGCCCCGCACUCUCGCGCUGGCACCAGGACUACAAGGCGCUAUUCCAGGAGUACAUACGCGACGGGCUCGAGGCGCUGGACUAG